AUGUGCCGCCUGCAUGGUCAUUGGCAAGUUGGGGCUGUCCGCGAAGAGCUAAGGGUGCUGGAUCUCGAAAGUGAUGGUGUAAUACUCAUAGAGUGCUUGAGGAGGGCUAAUACAUGGGUGCAGAUUGAAGAAAGGUGGGACAUUUGCCGAAUGUAUCUGCAUCUAGGUGUGGCCUGGUUGUUCGCUGCUUGUCUGUUGCCAGUUUUGCAGGUUAUGCCCCGCUUUAGGGCGUAUCGGAAUUUGAACGAGGUAUAUUGCAUACAGAAGCUACAGGAAUUUUACUUCAGUCUAGGUGCCUAUGCACCUAGUGACGAAGACGCUACUGCCAGCUCGAACCCGCCUGUUGUAGUACAUCGGAACACUAACGCAGCCCACGACGUCAGUACGACACAGCCGAAAAGAGCUGUGACUCUACGCACCUCGCUUCCCCAUCACCCAGCAGGUCUCACUGAGUCAUCCACCUAUUCCUCUGAAUUGUCCACCCCCAAAAAUCCGAGUUAUCCACUCCAAAAUCUGAAACGAGACCCUUUCAGAGUUCGAGCGCACAUGUUGAAGGGCAAGGCUGGUCCUCUGUGUCCGAUAACGAGGCAUUCCGAAGGGACAAAGGGAACGGACUUUGCCACGGGCAAGCCUCGGAAUCGAGAGAGUGGGGGCUUGGUGGAAAGAGGACGACACUCAGCGCCGGUUAUCGGUCCGAUGCCUACCGGUCCGAUCCCCGAUUCUUUCCGAGAUAAGGAGGAAACGACAGAGGGCCCUACAUAGAUGGAUAACGACCAUCCUCCUG